UUGCAUAGGGUAGCUCACCCCCUUGCCCUCCCCUCCUCUCCGUCUAACGAUGAUGUCUGUCAAUGCAUGUUAGCUGUAGCUGCGGCUCUGGCAGAGACGGGCUGCGCUCCCGGCGAUGAGCGCCCGGGGAAUUCAUCAGGGAUACCUGAAGAAAUACGGGGGCUUUGUCUUCAAGCAAUGGAAGGAGAAGUUCUUCUUCCUGUCGCUGAGGGGCUCCCUGGCCAUCUGCCGUGACCACGACUCGCUCCCCGAGGCGGAGGUGCCGCUGGAUACCAGCUGCCAUGCCAUCCUGAAGGGCAGCCAGAUCAGCGACUUGCCCCGGCUGCCCCUGGGCGCGGAGAGGGACUGCUGCUUGGGCCUGGUCCUCAGCAAGGGCAAACUGCUCCUGCUGCUGGCCGCGGACACUGAAGACUCCAGUCAAUGGAUAAAGGUGCUUAAGAAAGUGAAAGAGUCCAUUACGCCCAGCGUGCCCACGUGCAUGAUCCAUGUUGAUAAACAACGCAGAGUGUCCUUCAGAGAGAAGGAGUGUGCGGCAACUGUGAAUCCAUGUCAGCAACAUGAAGCUGCCGCCAGACCGAGCAGGAGCAAGGCGCGGUGGUCAGCAGCCUGCCUACGCCACGGUGCCCCGUCCCGCAAGGUGGUCAGGGCCGCCUGCCUACUGGUGGGGGGAGCGGCCGUCGGCCCCACCCUGGGUUACACCGUGACCUCGCCCGGCGCCCAGCCCAGCGACGCCGCCUUGCCGGACUUCAAGGAGCUCGGCAUCCAUUCGGCGGACGGCUGCCAAGAGGCCGAUUGUGGCGGCUACAACCCAUUCGACUGUGAAACCAUGGACCACGACUUUGACACUUUUGACUUUGGGGGGUUUGCAUUUUAGAUCAUAGACA